GGUUACAUGAGUUUCAUCAAACGGAGCACGGUCAUAAACGAGGAAUCAUGUUCAGACCGACCCUAACGUGGGCUACUGCCAUUCUUACAUUGCUUUUGUCAGUAAACUGCCUUGCCAGCCGCAAACUUUUAGUUUUUCUAAUUGAUGGCUUUCGAUAUGAUUAUAUGGACGACCUGCAAAACUUGCCUGGAUUUAAAGAGAUUGUGGAUAACGGGGUCAAAGUGGAUUACUUGACCCCCGACUUCCCCAGCCUCUCAUACCCCAAUUACUACUCACUAAUGACAGGUCGGUAUUGUGAAGUGCACCAAAUGACAGGGAAUUACAUGUGGGAUCAGGGGUCCCUGAAGGAGUUCAUAAUUGGCACAAACCAAGACAGCCGGCUGCCAAUGUGGUGGGAGGGGUCAGAGCCCAUCUGGGUAACCAUGCAGAAACUGGGGAAGAAAGUCUUCAUGUACUAUUGGCCCGGUUGUGAGGUAAAGAUUCUGGGUGUAAGAUCUUCGUACUGUGAGGAGUAUGUCUACAAUCCCACAGAGAAAAAUCUAUCAGACUCUAUUGACAAUGCUCUCAAUGCUUUACGUAGUGGCAAGGCAGACAUGGCUGCUGUGUACUAUGAGAAGAUUGACGUAGAGGGGCAUCACCAUGGACCCAUGUCUUCUCAGGUGAAGACCGCUGUUCAGAGGCUGGACGUGGCCUUCCAAGCACUAAACCAAAAAAUCAAGGAGAAGAACCUGCGCGACGAACUCAACGUCAUCAUGUUCUCCGAUCACGGGAUGACGGACCUCGAGUGGAUGGAGAAAGUAAUUGAGCUGGACAGGACCAUAAACAUGUCUGACAUUGUCAAGAUGAUGGAUCGAGGUCCUGUCGUCAGUUUGUGGCCAAAAAAAGCCAAGUAUGAGGAGGUCUACAGAGCACUGAGCAGUGUCCGAAACAUGAAUGUCUACAGAAAGAAUGAGAUCCCUGAUCGCUUCCAUUACAAGGGUGGGAAGUUUGUUUCCAGUCUGACCCUGGUGGCUGACCCUGGCUGGUUCAUAACAGAGAGCAAGUCCAAACUGCCCUUCUGGCAGAACAACAGUUCACCAGAACCUGAAGGAUGGCAGCAUGGUUGGCACGGCUAUGACAAUGAGUUUGUGGACAUGAGGGGCUUCUUCCUAGCACAGGGACCAGAUUUCAAGAAGAAUGUGCGCGCGGCCCCUAUCAGAGCAGUGGAUGUCUACAACCUGAUGUGUAAAACCCUGGGGAUCCGGCCUCUACCCAACAAUGGUUCCUGGUCCCGGGUGGAGUACUUGCUCAAUGGCUCUGUGAGCCUGGCCUGUUCUAUCUGGACUUUUAUUCUACUAGUAUUGGUAUGGUCACUUUAGGCUUAGAACCACAGAGAUUAUAUCGUUCUAUUCAGGGGAUGAUGUCGUAGUCUAGUCCAGGGCCUGUUUUCCCAGAAGCAUCUUGAGUUCAUGGUUAAAACCAUCGGAACCAAUUGUGAAAAUGAUUUCAAGUCCAAAACAAAAAUGUUUCUGUGUCAUUAGAACUAACAUUCCGUUAUGAAAAUGUAAUAGCUCCUUAGAAUACAUUUAAUUGGUCCUUUAGUCAUGAACAUUUCAGACCCCACUGAAGGGAGUGUCUGCUAUUAGUGUUUUGAAAAUAAAAAUUGGUUGUAAAACCAUUGACAUGGUUUUCAUCUGAUGGAAACGCUACACAAGACAGGAUCCUACCUAUGAACUUAGCAAUAAAAUGCCUUUGGGAAAUAAGACAAAGGGCUUUCAAACCCAUUUACUUUAUAAGUACUCUGGAAAAACCUUCCUAGUUACCUCUACCCUAAUUCACUGCUGCCAAAGGAUGAAACAUGUCAGUUCCUCUAUUCAUUGUUUUAUGUAUGAAAUACUUCCAAAAUGAAUUGUCACUUGGUCUGUUUAAGGGGGGUUAAAUAAAAGGAUGAGGUUUUGAAUCUCUACACAUUGUU